AUGUACAUAAACACGAUUUGUGUCUCCCCAGCCCUCGACCUCCCAGGGAUGGCUGGCCGGACACGAGACACCGCACUCAGCGCUUGCCUACAAGAUAACGUCUUGUGUGUUACCUUUACUGUGUUGUACUCUUCUAUGGAAAUAAAGCCGUCUAACCACUAUCUCUGCCCAGCCAGUCAUAGUCAUUGUAUUAAGGCUAUGUUUGUAAUACAAGUGUACACGUGUACAGUAUUGAAGGAACCAUGGGAGGAUAAGGUUAAACGUAUCCGUGAGAGCUCACCGUAUGGCCAUCUAGCUUCGUGGCGGCUUUUGGCUGUCAUUGUAAAGUGUGGCGAUGACUUACGACAAGAGCUGUUAGCAUACCAGCUGCUUUGCAUGUUCCAGAAGUUUUGGGCUGAAGAAAAACUUUCCCUUCGGCUCAGACCCUACACAAUCCUGGUGUUGUCCGAUGACUCAGGUACGACUGAACCCAUUGUGAACACCUGCUUCCUGCACCAAAUCAAGAAGAACAGCAAGAUGUCUAUGCUUGAGUACUUCAUUCGGGAGUUUGGAGAUAAGAAUUCAGAGGAAUUUUUGACUGCACUGAGAAAGUUUGGUGAGUCCUGUGCUGCCUAUUGCCUCAUCUGUUAUAUUAUCCAGGUCAAGGAUAGACAUAAUGGGAAUAUCCUCUUCGAUAACGAAGGCCACACCAUCUACAUCGACUUCGGUUUCAUGCUGUCCUCAUCGCCGCGCUACCUGGGCUUCGAGUCACCCUUCAAGCUGACGCAAGAGCUGGUGGAGGUCAUGGGCGGCGAGAACUCGGACGUUCACCUCAUGUUCCCCUACUUCAAGAUACUGCUGCUUAAGGGCCUCCUGGUAGCUAGGGAACACAGCGAGAAGAUCAUCUCUCUUGUGGAGAUCAUGAGCUCAGGCUCCAAUUUAACAUGCCUCCGUGCCGGGGCGUUAGUCCUGCCGGCCCUAAAGAACGGCUUCCACGUCAACAUGACUGAGGAGCAGAUCCAGGCCCACCUCGACUGGUCUAGCCUGGGCUAA